CGCGGGAAUUGUAAUGUAGUCUUUUUCCUCUACCUUAGCAGCGCCAAUCACAUGCAUGGAAACUACAACUCCCUAUACCGCGUGUAUGCUGUCGUUCCUUAGUGGGUGUUGUUGCAAUGGUGGUGUCUAUGGUGGGACAUUGAAUGACUUUGGCUCCAUCACGAAAUUGCCUGUUUUAUAUUAAUUAUUCUUAAGGCGCGAGCAUGGAGGCUCUUAUUCCUGUAAUAAACAAGCUGCAAGAUGUUUUCAACACAGUGGGUGCGGAUAUCAUACAGCUGCCGCAGAUAGCAGUAGUGGGGACACAGAGCAGUGGCAAGAGUUCAGUGCUCGAAAGCCUUGUGGGAAGGGACCUGCUGCCCCGUGGAACUGGCGUCGUAACCAGGCGACCUCUCAUCCUUCAGCUGGUCCAUGUCGAUCCUGGAGAUGCAAGGAAGAUUGAUGAAAGUGGCAGAGAGGGGGAAGAAUGGGGCAAGUUUCUGCACACAAAAAAUCAGAUCUACACAGACUUUGAUGAAAUCAGGCAAGAAAUUGAAAAUGAAACGGAGCGAAUAUCUGGGAAUAAUAAGGGGAUCAGUGAGGAGCCCAUUCAUCUGAAGAUAUUUUCACCUCACGUUGUCAACCUCACACUGGUGGAUCUGCCAGGAAUCACCAAGGUGCCUGUGGGUGAUCAGCCCAAGGAUAUUGAGCUUCAGAUCAAGGAUCUAAUCUUGAAGCACAUCUCUAACCCCAACUGCAUCAUCCUGGCUGUCACUGCAGCGAACACAGACAUGGCCACCUCAGAGGCUCUUAAGGUGGCCCGGGAGGUCGACCCUGACGGAAGGAGGACACUCGCUGUGGUGACCAAACUGGACCUGAUGGACGCUGGUACUGAUGCCAUGGAUGUUCUGAUGGGGAGAGUCAUUCCAGUCAAACUGGGACUCAUUGGAGUAGUCAACAGGAGCCAGCUGGACAUCAACAAUAAGAAGUCAGUGGCCGAUGCAAUCCGAGAUGAGCAUGCUUUCCUGCAGAAGAAAUAUCCGUCUCUCGCAACAAGAAAUGGAACCAAAUACCUGGCCAGAACCCUCAACAGGUUACUGAUGCAUCACAUCCGAGACUGCCUCCCAGAGCUGAAGACACGGAUCAACGUCCUGGCAGCCCAGUACCAGUCCCUGCUCAGCAGCUAUGGUGAACCUGUUGAAGACCAGAGUGCCACCUUGCUCCAGCUCAUCACAAAGUUCGCCACAGAAUACUGCAACACCAUAGAGGGCACAGCCAAAUACAUCGAGACGGCAGAGCUGUGCGGUGGAGCCAGAAUUUGUUACAUAUUCCAUGAGACUUUUGGCAGAACGCUGGAGUCUGUGGAUCCUCUGGGAGGACUCAGCACCAUUGACAUACUAACAGCAAUAAGGAACGCAACAGGCCCACGUCCGUCCUUGUUUGUGCCUGAGGUUUCCUUCGAGCUGCUGGUGAAGAAGCAGGUGAAACGCCUGGAGGAGCCCAGCCUGCGCUGUGUGGAGCUUGUCCACGAAGAGAUGCAGAGGAUCAUUCAGCACUGCAGCAACUACAGCACACAGGAGCUGCAGAGAUUCCCUAAGCUACAUGAAGCCAUCGUGGAAGUUGUCACCUCCCUCCUGAGGAAGAGACUGCCCAUCACCAAUGAGAUGGUGCAUAACCUGGUUGCAAUAGAGCUGGCCUACAUCAACACCAAACAUCCAGACUUUGCAGAUGCCUGUGGGGUCAUGAAUAACAACAUAGAGGAGCAGAGGAGGAACAGGAUGAGAGAGCUGCCUUCCUCAGUGCCCAGGGAAAAGACCCCAACAGCAGGGCCCCAGGGUGAGCAGGACAGCACCGGGAACUGGAGGGGGAUGCUGAAGAAAGGAGAGGAAGCUCCCGGCUCCGGACCAGGAAGCCCUCUCAAAGGGAUCGUCAACUUGCUUGAUGUGCCUGUGCCAGUCGCUAGGAAGCUGUCAUCACGUGAGCAACGGGACUGUGAGGUCAUUGAACGCCUCAUCAAGUCUUACUUCCUCAUCGUUCGCAAGAACAUACAGGACAGCGUGCCGAAAGCAGUGAUGCACUUCCUGGUCAACCAUGUGAAGGACAGCCUUCAGAGCGAGCUUGUUGGCCAGCUGUAUAAAUCUGGUCUCCUCAACGAUCUGCUGACUGAAUCAGAAGACAUGGCCCAGCGGCGCAAGGAGGCCGCUGACAUGCUACAGGCUUUGCAAAGAGCCAGUCAAGUGAUCGCUGAGAUCAGGGAAACACAUCUGUGGUGAGAAUCAACAAGAAGAGCUGAACCUGAUCUGUUAUCACCUCAUCAUGCCUAAAAGACCGACACUUCAUGCACUCAUCAUGUCUGAACAUGAAGUUUUAGAUUGAAAAUGCACUGAUCUGAUCCCUGCUCUAAGGUACAGUAGGUAUCAAGAAGGCACUCGAGCCAAAACGAAGAAAAGUAAGUUAAUUUAAGAUGUUUAUUGAAAUGCUUGAUGUUGUUAGGUACAUGAACAUGCACUGCCUCUCUUAGACAAUGUUCAAAAUCAGAAUUUAGAAACUGUAGUUGCCUCUCACGGCUUCCUGAAGGAAUCUAAUGUGCAGCCAAAGGCAAAAGUACUUUUCAUAUCUGACAGACGGUGGUUAACCAGAAUGGAAAUGGACUUUUGUGUGAAGUGGAAAUGAAAGUUUUGAUGCCAUUUUGGCAGCUCCACAAAGCAUUCUUCAAAAUGUUAUGGCUCUAGGUUAUAGAAAAUCAACAAAAUAUUCUCCUCCUCAUCUGCAAACCUUUUUCAUUUAGGAGUAGCUGUCAUGUGUCAAAAACAUGGGACCUCAAAAGUCAUAGCAGGGAUUCAUUUGCUGCAGUAAAACAGUCCUGUGUUCACAAUCCAUCUCUUUAUCUUUUGCACUGUUGUCACAACACUGUACUGUUAAGAAAGAAAGUCUCUCAUCCCGACACUGUAAUGCCAUCAGAACCUUUAUUUAUUAAUGUUAUUUAAGUGUGUGGAUAAUGUAACAAGCACUGUUGCAGCCUGCUGUGGUAGGUCAUUUAAUUUUGUUUACAUAUCGCUACCUAUAUGUGAAACUUAUGGUGCACUGUGGUUCUGUGUAUGUUCCCCAAAUGAAUAAAAAGUUAUUUUAAUGCCA